AUGGCGGAUGGGAAGGAAGAUGAAGAGGAGUCCAACAGAAGCCUCAGUGAAUCCGUCCUUGAGCAAAUCAAAAAGCUUAUGAUGGAUGAGUUUGACCGGAGGGAACAGAUCAGGGCAGGGAAACGCAAGGAGACAAGAGGUCCUAUCCAUAUAUCUGAAGAAGAGCUUAGAGAUGACCCUAUGGCGUCAAAGAGGAUGGCUGAUGAUCAAGCCAACCUAUACUAUAACAGUGGCCAUUCCUCUUUAGGAAGUCGGCGCCGGUCUAGAAUGCACCGAGAUGAUCCAGACCACAUGGUCGAGAACCUUGGAGGAUACAAGAUCCGGAUUCCUCAGUUUCAUGGCCACAACAAUCCUGAUGAGUACAUGGAUUGGGAGAAGAAGUGUGAGUUCAAUUUCAACUUACACAACAUCUCCAACUCCAACAGAGUCAAGCUGGCAAUCUCUGAGUCCAAUGACUAUGCCCUAAGGUGGUGGGAACAAGUCGUGACCGCCAGAGAGAUUGGUGGGGCUCUUGAGGUCUCUACAUGGGAAGAGAUGAAAAGGAUCAUGAGGCAGAGGUUUAUCCCUAGCUAUUACCAGAGAGAGCUACAUUCUAAGCUCAGGAGGCUCACUCAAGGGUCCAAGACAGUUGAAGAAUACUUCCAGGAGAUGCAAGUAAUGAUGCUAAGGGCUAAUGUGAUUGAGGACAGAGAAGCUACUAUGUCCAGGUUCCUUGGAGGGCUCAACCGUGAAAUCCAAGAUAUUGUGGAGAUGCAAAAUUGUGUGGCCUUGGAGUCUAUGCUACACAAAGCAGUUCUGGCCGAAACCCAACUCAAGAGGAGAUCGCCAACUAGACAUGGAACUGAUCAGCGCCGGCCAGUCUACGCCAGAGACUCCAAACCGGCCUUCACACCAAAGACAGAGCCCAGAGGAGUUCCUUACAACCAGGACAAGGAUAAGAACAAGUCCAGUACAACCUCUGCCCCCAGAGCCCGCGAGCUUAAGUGCUUCAGAUGCCAAGGCUUUGGACACUAUGCCAAUAAAUGCCGCAACAAGAAAAUCAUGUUCAUAAGAGAUAAUGGCGAAGUGGAGUCUGAGGAAGAAGAUCUAGAGCCAGAGCAAGAGCCAGAGCAAGAGCCAGAGCCAGAGGAGUAUGAAGCUGUGCCUGUCAAGGGAAAGCUUCUGGUAGCCAGGAGACUCUUGAGCGCUCAAGUCCAAACACACAAGGAAGAGCAAAGAGAAAACCUAUUCCAUUCUUGCUGUCUUGUCCAGGAGAAGGUUUGUAGCUUAAUCAUUGAUGGAGGUAGUUGCACUAAUGUGGCUAGUGAGGCCAUGGUUGAGAAGCUUGGUCUUGUGACUCAGAAGCAUCCUAAGCCAUAUCAGCUGCAGUGGAUCAAUGAGACUGGAGAUAUGAGUGUGAAGGAGCAAGUGGUCGUGCCACUAUCUAUAGGAAGCUAUGAGGAUGAGAUUGUGUGUGAUGUCUUGCCUAUGGAUGCUGGACACAUCAUUCUGGGAAGGUCAUGGCAAUCUGAUAGGCGUGUCCUGCAUGAUGGCUUUACAAACAAGUACACCUUCCUUCACAAGGGGCGUAAGACCACUCUCAUUCCUUUAACCCCUCAAGAGGUGUAUGAAGAUCAAGUUCAGUUGAGUGGCUAA